UUAAAUUUCAUUUAAUUUCAUUUAAUUUCAUUUAAUUUCAUUUAUUUUUUUAAUUUUUUUUUUAAUUUUAAUUUAAUUUAAUUUAAUUUAAUUUUUUGUUUCGGACCUUUGAACCCAGCUGCCUCAAGCAAGAGAUCCAAUCCAGCAGCCACCAAACCAAAAACCCCUUAACGCCUUGGCAUCUACUUUUACAAUCAUUAACUGUUACAUUUGUUCACUUCCUGCUUUCCAUAAUAUAGUUUAAGGUUUUUUUUUGUUUUUUUUGUUAAUAAUGUACCUCGUACCGAAGUACGAGGUGAUAUGACCAUACAAUGACAUUAUGGGUACCAUAGUAACCAUCAAUAUAGUGAUAUAUAUAGAACGUCAUGAUUGGUUUAAGACUCUUCAUCCUUGUAUUUCGCAAACAUCAACAAAUAUCAUCAUGUGAUUAUUUCCCUCCUUAUUCCUUGACUUCCGUAGAUUGGAAUGACAUGGGAGCAUCUUAACCAUAACUAUUGGCUGCUUCUGUUCCUUGAGGUCUGACAACAACAAAAACCAAACUCCAAUUGGAUGCAGUAUAAAAGCCGCCGAUGUGAAACCGCUUCUGAUCCACUUCUUAUUCCCUUUCCUAGAAUUGCACAGCGUGGCCUCGAAGCCACUCAAGAUUCGUCUGAUUCCAAGAAAAGCUGCCGGUGGCGACUUUAGGACCCGACGUUCUUCUUUGGGUCCCGUUGCCGCUUUUAUCACCAGUUCUUUAAAAGGCUUAAAAUAACAAACAGAUGAUUAUAAGAUAACAAAAAGCUGCAGGCGUGAGGAGACGCAGCUGUUUGCUCCUUUAUGAAAUAUUUCUGCACCCAGCCAAAUUAUGCAGACGGGAAUUAUGCAACAACAGCAGAGACGACCAGCCAGGGCAGCACACAUGCAAAUAUAGGACCAACGUGCAGCUGCCUGCCCAGGGUCCUGAUGGAAGGAAGCGGCAGGUUUCCCGCCCACAAGAAUUUGUGUUUCCAAAUGAUUAGAAGGGAGGCGGCGUACGGGACGAUCUGGGAGGCAGCAGCUGCUCGUCCCCCUGGCUCCAAGUGGAGCAGAAAAUCAGGAUAAUUUCAUUGUGAUAAUCAGCCUCCCACCCCCACCCCCUCAUCGUCUCUGUAACCCACGAUGAGGACAGAGGAGAUGAAGAUGCGCUCCAUAGGCGGGGUGUGUCAUAGUCGGCCAUGCCGUAAAUGAACGAUUAGAGCCAGUCUGUGCACCACAAGGGUUUUUUAGUUUGUUGGCUGCGGGCUUUUCGGUCGUAUCUCCGAGAUAUCUGAUGGUGCUCUGAUGCUAACUGCUAACGGCUCUCUAAAACUUUCAUGUGAAGGAAUUGACUGUGAAAAUAUGAUAGCAACUGUACUUGUAGUAUACCGUUGGUUGUACGACGCCAUCAAUCAUGUCCAUCCACUGUAGGAUCAGUCAUGUCGAAUAGAGGAAAUGGUUCAAAACCAGUGAUACAGGAUGACACAAUCCGUCCAUCCAGCCGUCUUCUUCUUCCGCUUAUCCGAGGUGCGGUCAUUUACAGCUAAUAGCACAACAAUGAUGGACGAUGUCAAUGUUUUCCUGUGGACAGAGGUUUUUUUUUUUUUUUUUUAAUGCCACUGGUGUGGUUGGAGCUUUGUUUAAAACACAGAAAAUGUGCUUGUUUGCCUCAGUAACUUGGGAAUCCAACACUUCCCAUGUAUUCCCAUGUAUCCACCCGAAUUGCUCAUUGCAGUAAAAAUUUAUUUUGCUUCCAAUUGCUGUUAAAAUUCAUCAUUGGGCUUAUUUGUAAACGUUGGAACAAAUGUACAUGUAUCACAAUGCAUUCUCAAUUAUUUUCUUCUAUUAUAUUCUGUACCCCACACAAUAAACCACCAAUGGUGUUCUUAUAGCGACGUGAUGCAGUACUCAGACUGGCCAGUGAGAGGCAGCAGCGCCCCGCAAGGGCAUCCACACCGGAAAUAAAAACAAACUGGAAGAAGACGCUAAGCUAGGCUAUCUUAUCAGCGCCCUCCGGUGGCCUCUUUGUGUCAUGGACGUCCAUCCUACAAAGAGGACUCAUCAACUAUCCAUACAGUAUAGGCUCCACCCCCUCCACAUCCGUUCCUCCUCCUCCGCCACCGUGAAGCUCCAAGCGGAGUCUACUCGCCGGCUCUCUCCCCCGCUGGACCCCGCUAUGUCCGCCUCGGAUUUGACGGGAACCUCGACGUCUUUCUGGGCCGGUGGACGUUCGUGAAGAGAAGCUGCAGGAGCUCACAGGACAAGAUGAAGUUGGUGCUCCCCUCCUUCCUCCUCCUGCUCCUCCUCCUGGCUGCAUCCUGCCCGAUGUCCUUCGCCUCCAUCACCACUCCCAGCGAGUUCGUGUCCUUGGCGGAGAUGGAGGACGCGCUGCUGAAGAACCUCUUCCAAGGCUACCAGCGCUGGGUGAGGCCCAUCCAGCACGCCAACGACACCAUCAAGGUCCGCUUCGGCCUUAAGAUCUCCCAGCUGGUCGAUGUGGAUGAGAAGAACCAGCUCAUGACGACAAACGUUUGGCUGUGGCAGGAGUGGAUCGACUACAAGCUGCGCUGGAAUCCUGACAAAUACGGAGGCAUCACUUCCAUCCGAGUACCAUCGGAAAACAUCUGGCUCCCCGAUAUCGUCCUCUACGAGAACGCCGACGGCCGCUUCGAAGGCUCCCUGAUGACCAAAGCCAUCGUCAAGUACAACGGGGCCAUCACGUGGACGCCGCCCGCCAGUUACAAGUCAGCCUGCACCAUGGACGUCACCUUCUUCCCCUUCGACCGCCAAAACUGCACCAUGAAGUUCGGCUCCUGGACCUACGACGGCCACAUGGUGGACCUGGUCUUGAUCGACAAGCAGGUGGACCGCAAGGACUUUUUCGACAAUGGCGAGUGGGAGAUCCUCAGCGCCACGGGGGCGCGGGGGAACCGCAAGGACGGCUUGUAUUCCUACCCCUUCGUCACGUAUUCCUUCAUCCUGAAGAGGUUGCCCUUGUUCUACACGCUCUUCCUCAUCAUCCCGUGUCUGGGUUUGUCCCUCCUCACCGUGCUGGUGUUCUACCUGCCCUCCGACGAAGGCGAGAAGCUGUCGCUGUCCACGUCCGUCCUGGUGUCGCUCACCGUCUUCCUGCUGGUCAUCGAGGAGAUCAUCCCGUCCUCCUCCAAAGUCAUCCCGCUCAUCGGCGAGUACCUGCUCUUCAUCAUGAUCUUCGUCACGCUCUCCAUCAUCGUCACCGUGUUCGUCAUCAACGUGCACCACCGCUCCUCGGCCACCUACCACCCCAUGUCGCCGUGGGUCCGCAGCCUCUUCCUGCAGAAGCUGCCCAGGCUGCUGUGCAUGCGGGGUCACACCGACCGCUACCACUACCCCGAGCUGGCCCCCGAAAGCCCCGAGGUCAAGCCCAGGGGUCGCAGAGGCGGUGCGAGGGCGAGCGGCGGCCAGGCGGCCGCUGACGGGAAGGAGGAGGAGGCCUGGGCAGCCAUGUUGGAUAAGGCCAUCUACUCCGUGCGCUACAUCAGCAGACACAUACGCAAGGAACACUUCAUCCGAGAGGUGGUGCAAGACUGGAAGUUUGUGGCCCAGGUGUUGGACAGGAUCUUCCUGUGGGCCUUCCUCACUGUUUCCAUACUGGGAACCAUCCUCAUCUUCACCCCAGCUCUGCACAUGUUCCUCAAAGUUCCUCCGCCAAUCGCAAGUGAGGAGCCGCCUUUAAACUCGCAGCUUUAAGCCACGCCUCCAUUCUAGUCUAACAAUACUUCUUACGAAUACUCUAGUUUCCCUUUUGAAUGAUUGUGUACUCCUCGUACCCUCAGCGUACGUUUAGGCCUGAAGGCAUCGUUGGCCAUGAACAAACAUGCACCCUUCACUCCUUCACUCCUUCCUUUCAACCUUGGCACUGGGGGGCUGGAGUCGGCCAAUCGCAGUAGAGUGGGCGUGGUCAGGGAGGAGGCUGCCCAAUCCAAGCCUGCCAGGGGUGUCCAAAGAUUCCUUUUUAGUUUUAUGGAAAUAUGAUUUCAUUCAAAAAGGAACAAUGAACAAAUAGCAGUCAUUUCACAAGAAUACAGUCAAAAUAUUUGGAUAAAAGUACGAGAAUGACAUUGUGAUAUGAGGAGGAGAAAUAUGAUUAGUAGCAUAGAAUAAGGUAUCUUUUUAAAAGACUGACAAAAUAAUGUUGCAUUAUGGGGGAAAUUUGGUUGCAGAAAAAGUUGCAAUGUUAAAGGGUAAAGUCCAUAAUAUAUUUAUGGGAAUGAAAUCAGCAUUUUUUACAAGAAUAAAGUCAAAACUCCUUAGCAACACAUACAACUUCUUAGCAACGCCAUACCAAUCCUUAGCAACGCCGUACAGCUCCUUAGCAACGCCGUACAGCUACGUAGCAACGCCGUACAGCUCCUUAGCAACGCCGUACAACUCCUAGCAACGCCAUACAACUCCUAGCAACGCCAUACAACUCUUAGCAACGCCAUACAACUCUUAGCAACGCCGUACAACUCCUUAGCAAUGCCGUACAACUCCUUAGCAACGCCAUACAACUCCUUAGCAACGCCAUACAGCUCCUUAGCAAUGCCGUACAACUCCUUAGCAACAGAUACAACUCCUUAGCAACGCCAUACAACUCCUUAGCAACGCCAUACAACUCCUUAGCAACAGAUACAACUUCUUAGCAACAGAUACAACUUCUUAGCAACGCCAUACAACUCCUUAGCAACGCCAUACAACUUCUUAGCAACACCAUACAACCCCUUAGCAACGCCAUACAACUCCUUAGCAACGCCAUACAACUCCUUAGCAACAGAUACAACUUCUUAGCAACACCAUACAACAUCUUAGCACGUGGUGCUUUACAAAAGAUCAAAAUAAUUUUUUUUUUAGUAUGUGGUCCUUGGAAAACGUUUGGACACCCCUGGUAUGUAUAAUUUAGAGUAUUUUAUAAAAAAAAAAAAAAAAAACUUACUGCAGCGCCCCCUGGAGUCCAGUAUCAAUCAUAAAGCCCCUGAAGUGAGUGGGAUGAGGACCCUUUACGUCUCUAAGACUUGAAGUAUAAAUUAAGUAUAAAUGAUUUUUAGUUCUUCCUACUCAAUUGACAUAAUUUAGCAUGAACUAUUUUGGACACGUGUUGCAUGAAACGUCCAUAAUGUCAUCAACCAUUUCUACUAAAAAGUGCUGAUGUAAGACGUCAGUGAGUGACAGCACCACCUAGUGGUAACAACAACAAGUGUCUUUCUAGGAAGCUUUUGCAUAAAAGGACUUGUUUGAAUUUGCUGCUUCUUCGGUCUGGAAUAAAGAUACAGCUUCAUGUAAGAAUAUGAUUGACAGUUGUAUUUGUGACACACCAGUCAUUCCUCACUACCAUUCCUAGCUGAAGUAGAAACGGAAACGUGAU